CCUUUGGGUCUGGGUUAGGGAGCUGGGCAGAGUCCCAGUCAGCUCUAGAACUCAGGCUUCGCCCUAGUGCCGCACUCCUGCUCCCGACCCUGGGCAGAAGAAGGCCCCUCGGGCCCCCGCCGCCGCCGCCGGGUCGGGAGUUCGAGUGCCCAAGGGAACCGCGGAGCCCGGCCAAGGCUCACCCGCUGCACCGCCAACCUGCUAGCGUUCUUCUCCGGCUGGGGUUCCAGCCUCCGGCUCCGUCAGGGUGGGGGCGGGCCGGGCAGGAGACCCCGCCCCCAGCCCGCCCCCGGCCCAGGGUGCGAAUCCGCUGCCUGCAGGAGGCUGGCGAUGCUGGGUUCGCGAGCCCGAGCGGCUGCAGCUGGCGCCGCGUCUGCCCCGCGUGCCCGGAGCGGAUCCUGCUCUCGCCGCCCCCGGAGCCCCCCGGCGCCCUGCUGAGCCCGCGGCAGCCUCCUCCCAGUGACCGGCCGGCGCUGCAGCUUAGAGCCUGGCAAUGCCGUUUGGGUGUGUGACUCUGGGUGACAAGAAGAACUAUAACCAGCCAUCGGAGGUGACUGACAGAUAUGAUUUGGGACAGGUCAUUAAGACGGAGGAGUUCUGUGAAAUCUUCCGCGCCAAGGACAAGACCACGGGCAAGCUGCACACCUGCAAGAAGUUCCAGAAGCGGGAUGGGCGCAAGGUGCGGAAGGCGGCCAAGAAUGAGAUCGGCAUCCUCAAGAUGGUGAAGCACCCCAAUAUUUUACAACUGGUGGAUGUGUUUGUAACCCGCAAGGAGUACUUCAUCUUCCUGGAGCUGGCCACGGGGAGGGAGGUGUUUGACUGGAUCCUGGACCAGGGCUACUACUCGGAGCGAGACACGAGCAACGUGGUGCGGCAGGUCCUAGAGGCCGUGGCCUACCUGCACUCUCUCAAGAUUGUACACAGGAAUCUGAAGUUAGAGAACCUGGUUUACUACAACAGGCUGAAGAACUCGAAGAUUGUCAUCAGCGACUUCCAUUUGGCUAAGCUGGAAAAUGGCCUCAUCAAGGAGCCCUGUGGGACCCCUGAGUAUCUGGCCCCAGAGGUGGUAGGACGGCAACGAUACGGACGACCUGUGGACUGCUGGGCUAUUGGUGUCAUCAUGUACAUUCUGCUUUCAGGCAACCCGCCCUUCUACGAGGAGGUGGAAGAAGACGACUACGAGAACCAUGAUAAGAAUCUCUUCCGCAAGAUCCUGGCUGGCGACUACGAGUUUGACUCUCCGUACUGGGAUGAUAUUUCUCAGGCAGCCAAAGACCUGGUCACAAGGUUGAUGGAGGUAGAGCAAGACCAGCGGAUCACUGCAGAAGAGGCCAUCUCCCAUGAAUGGAUUUCUGGCAAUGCUGCUUCUGAUAAGAACAUCAAGGAUGGUGUCUGUGCCCAGAUUGAAAAGAACUUUGCCAGGGCCAAGUGGAAGAAAGCUGUCCGGGUGACCACCCUCAUGAAACGGCUGCGGGCGCCGGAGCAGUCUGGCACGGCUGCCUCAGCCACAGAUACUGCCACCCCCGGGGCUGCAGGUGGGGCCACAGCUGCUAGCGGAGCUGUCCCUGCCUCAGGGGGCAGUGCUGCUGCAGCCACAGGGGGAGAUGCCCUGUGUGCUGCCAAGAGUGAUAAUGUGGCUUCUGCAGACCGUAGUUCCACCCCGGCCACAGAUGGCAGCACCACUCCAGCCACCGAUGGCAGCGUCACCCCGGCCACUGAUGGCAGCGUCACCCCGGCUACUGAUGGCAGCGUCACCCCCGCUACUGACAGGAGCGCUACUCCAGCCACUGAUGGGAGAGCCACGCCAGCCACAGAAGAGAGCACGGUGCCCACCACUCAAAGCAGUGCCAUACCAGCUGCCAAGGCAGCUGCUACCCCUGAACCGGCUAUGGCUCAGCCGGACAGCACAGCCCUAGAGGGCAUCACAGGCCAGGUUCCACCCUCUAGUAAAGGGGAAGAGGCUGCUGGCUAUGUCCAGGAGUCUCGGAAGGAGGAGACCAGCUGAAUGGGUAGCCUGUUGGGGGGUUGGGGGGCUGGCAGGAGGGUGGGAGAGUGGAUGAGGGGCUUCUCACUGUACAUAGAGUCGCUGGCAUGAUGCCCUUGCUCCCCCAAGUCCCCCAUCCCAGUGGGGCAUGCCUGGGGGUCGCAGGAGAGCAGUCUCCUCUCCUGUGUGUAUGUGUAUGAGUGGUGGGUAGGCCAGAGGCAGGGCCAGCCCCAGCCCCUGCAUGGAUUCCUUGUGGCUUUUCUGUCUUUUGCUAGCUUCUCCAGUUUCUGUUCCUUGUGGGAUGCUGCUCUAGGGAUACUCAGGGGGUCCCUGCUCUCCUCCUUCCCUUCCUGCCUCAUCAUUCCCCCAGGCAGGCCCUGCAGGUCCCAUAUUUUCCUAGGCCCUAUAUUGGGCGGCCUUGCCCUGAGAGCUGGUCUUCCAGCGAGGCCCUGUCAGUGGUCAUAGGCUCCUGAACACGAAGGUGUAUACCUGUGAUGUGUGGGCUGCUCCUGGAGUAGACAUUGGCCAGAACAGAGGAUGCAGAAAUCUAGGGCAUUGUGCUUUACAUCAAGACGGGUCACAUGGCUGGGGGCACUGCAUGCUAGCUGUGGGGGUCCUCAGAAGUAGGAGAGAAUGGGUAGGAGGGCGGAAGCUUCCACAUUUGGGGGAAGUGUCUCUGGGAAGGCAUUCCUAAGACUCUUGUGUUAUUUCUUGCCUGCCUGAGCCCUGCAGUGCAUUGCCCUGUACCUUGAACCUCAUGAGCUUUUAAUGGAAAGGAGGAGCAACUAAGAUGUGGCAAUGAGACCUGGGAUAGCAGAGUACAGCCCCAGUACCUUCUUGUCCAGCCUAGCUGGGUCCUUACCCUGGGCCAAACAGGUAGGGCUGGCUGAUAUCCCCAUGCUUUUCCUAGAUGCCCAGCCUGCAGAGGGUCGACCCGUAAGUCCUCUCCAUCCUAGGGGGCCUGCUGCAUGUGGGUUUGCCCUUCGCAGGGGCAGAUUGUCUACCCUCAGUUUACCAACAUGGAGAGGAUGACCCUCCGCUGUUUUUACUGCUUGCUUUGAUCAGAGGUCUGGGUGCCUCAGCCACGUUAAGUUGCUUUUGCUAAGAUGAGGAAGUGGAGUAAGACUCCGGUUCCCUGAGGAGGCUCCUGAGGGGCGCCCUUUGUCAGACUGUACCACAGCCUGGACAGGCAGCCAUACUGGUCCUCGCCCUUGCUCGGCACUCUGGUGGCCCUGCCCCUCUCCAUGCAUGCCUAUAGGUCUGCUCUGGUAUGUGAAGGUUGGUAGGCUGACUGUGUGCCUGCUGAAUCUGGCAAAUAAACGUCACCCUGCAAAGCCUCUGGCCACCCUCUCGCCUUUGCUUCCUCUGUCAUACCGAGGAGGAGUCCCUAGCAGGCACUGGGGAGGGGAGAGUCUGAGAGAAGGUUCACAGGUAGUGACUGAUGCUCAGUGGAUUGCUUGGGCUGAGAAAGUCACUCCGCAGUGCAUGCCUUGAAGGUGGUGGUGGGGAUCCUCUGGACUCUUCAGUACAUGUGGGUGGUGAGUCCUGGGCUAGGUUUGGGCCAAGGAGUAGCCCCUGGGCUGAGAGCUCAAGUAGGGGUUGCUGUUCCAACUCUAUUAACCAAGAAGCCUUUGUCCGAAUUUGCGGAUAGACCUGGAACUCACCUAGGGCCAACCACCACAGGGAGAGAGCUCCAAAAUAGGGCUGGGGAGGGGGUGUAGGGUGGGCACUGCACAAAGGUUCUGUGCUGUGUGUUGAUUCCUGCUUCUUGUGAACACCUGUGCUUUCUACAUAGGCCCAAAAGAUUUUGCUCUGUCUUCUUCAGCAGGAGCAGAUCAGCUUUAUGAUAUGGGGCUCUGCAUAAGAUUUCUGGGGAGAGGGAGUAAUAUUGCAAAGAACAGCGUGAAAAGCCCUCUGGAGUCUCAUUUCAGUUCAGAUGGGCCUCAAUGAAUUCACCAGGGUCGCUGCUUUCUCAGGGAGGACCUCAAAGAUAACUUCUAUGAUGUGGGAAUAAUAAAAAGGGUUUGUUAGUC